AUGGUCAAGAUCAUCUCCACCCUUGUGGCCCUCUCCGCCACCCUCUCAGUCGUCCUCGGACACAAACACCAGGCCGGCCAUAGCGUCCACAGUCUCGAGAAGCGUGGCACCGCUGCUCCUGAGCCUACUGGCUGCCCCGCCUACGCCGCCGUCGCCGCAGGUGCCUGGCCCACCUUGGACUGCAUCCCAUACCCCCAAGACCCCCAGGUCCAGGCAUGGCUCAAGUUGGUCGAUAUGACCAAGGUCCCUGUUUACGCUCUCUCGAACGAUGGUGUUUGCCCUCCUGCAACUACUGUGCUCCCUGCGGGCCAGUGCUGGUGGACGUGCCAGAAGUGUACUGCCCCUGAUGAUGUUACUUUCUGCCCUCAGACUGAGACCUGGGGUUUGACUUAUGAUGACGGUCCAUCGCCUGACUCGCCCCGUCUGUACGACGCCCUCGAGGCCCACAACACCCAAGCAACCCUCUUCAUUGUCGGAUCCCGCGCCAUCAGCUACCCCGCAACCUUGAAGCGCGCCUACACUGCAGGUCACCAGAUUGCCAUCCACACCUGGUCUCACCCCUCGAUGACCUCGCUCUCGAACGAGCAGAUCGUCGCUGAGUUGAAGUGGACCGAAAAGGCCAUUGUUAGCGUCAUUGGUGUCACUCCUAUCUACUGGAGACCUCCUUAUGGUGAUGUCGAUAACCGUGUCCGUGCCAUUGCGACCCAGUUGGGAUACAAGACUUCCAUCUGGACCGAUGGUUUUGAUACCAACGACUGGAACAUCCCUGCAGGCACUGCUACUCCUCAGUCGGUCGUAGCUACCUUCCAGUCUUGGUUGACCAAGAUCCCCACCAUGCCCAACGGAUUCAUCGUUCUCGAGCACGAUUUGUUCCCUGCAGAGGUGAACGUGUCGAUCGACGGUAUCCUCCCCAUCGCGUACGCAGACACGGCCCUCAAGAUGAUGCCUAUCGCCCGCUGCCUGGGUGACGCCAAGCCCUACAAGGAAGGUGCCGGUACCUUCUCCCUCAACGGCUCGCCCGCCGCCGCUGCAUCUUCGUCCGCUGCUUCUGGAACUCACACUGGCACUGCUGCUGCUGGCGGUAGCACCGGUACUGCCACGGCUGGUGCAAGCACGUCGAGUGGUGCACCUACCAUUGUCAACAACUCUGCUGCUAGGGGAUCAGCGGUUUCUGCGGUCUUGAUGGUUGGAUCUGCCAUGGUCUUUGCUGUCCUCCCCGCUGUUCUCUAA